UGGGUCGCCCCCGGGGAGGUCCUCCCGUGCGCGCCCCUCGGCAGGCAGCACACAGAGACACAGGGGGUCGCGGGACACAGGCAGCAGAGAUGAAGCUCAGCGUGGCCCUCUUCUUCGCCGGCUUUUUCGGGGCCCUGGCGGCCGUGUUCUUCCUGCUCUCCUUCGGGACGGAUUACUGGCUCCUGGCGUCCGAAACCUGCGUCCCAGACCCCAGUGGUACCAGCGGGCCGGGUGGAGUCCUUCUCGAGAGAGGGGAUAUGGUGGUUACCCCAGAGGGUCAGGACACUACAACCUUCUACCAUGAAGGCUUCUUCUGGAGGUGCUCCUUUGGGGGGAAGCUGGAAGAGGACACCAUGUGGAAGUUCUGGUUCACCAAUCAGCCCCCCUCCAAGGAGUGCAUGCACGCCUACCUGUUUCCCUUUCCUGUCUCUGAGCAGACCCACAAUGCCACAGCCCACGACUCUGCCAUCAUAUACAGAGGCUUCUGGAGCAUCUUCAUGCUGGCGGGUGUGGUUGCAGUGGUGUUGGGUGGCUUCAUAAUCAUCUGUGCAGCCCCAUUUGCCAGUCACCGGCUCUACAAAGCAGGGGGAGGCCUCUUCGUAGCUGCUGGUCUUUUCUUCCUGGCUGUCGUGGUGAUGUUCGUGAUCUGGGUGCAGGUUUUGGAUGAGGUGGAUCAGUACGUGGCGCACCAGCGUGCCACCCUGUGUGAUGACUUCCAGCUCAGCAUCCGCUACGGCCUGUCCUUCAUGCUCGCCCCUGUGGGCAUCUUCUUCAGCCUCCUGGCGGGGCUGCUCUUCCUCCUGAUUGGUCGGUCGGUGCAGCUGCAGUACAGUUAAGCCCCUCCCCCCAUUUUAAGCCAUGUGAUUGGUGGAGGCUGGUUCCGGGGGCGGUUCUUCGUAACAUCUAAUGGCACUUGGUGCAGAAACAGGUUGGAGGACCUGUGGAAGGUUUGGGAUCAUUGCACAUAGGUUUUGGAGGUGUGCUUUAAAGCUAUGACUGUUACUUGACCGCCCGGUGUGCUUUACAGUCUGGUUAUGUUAUGGUACUGUUGCAAUCGUAGUGCAAAGUAGUCCCCUUGUUGCUCUUUGGUGGUUUUCAUGUUGUAAAAUACACAAUUCUACAUAUGCAUCCUUUAU